AUAAUAAUAAUUUAAAUAAAAAAUCCAAUCCUAGUAGUCGGCCUAGAGCAGAAAUAUGGAACGCUUAUAUUGUUGGUGAAAAAAAAAUAGAUUUUUAUUCUGCUAAAUGUGAACAUUAUUCAAAAUCUUGGCAAAGAGAAAUACCGAAUGUAAUGGAAUUGCAUUUAGCUAACGAAUAUUCUAAUUGUCCGCAAGACAAACAAGAAUAUUGA